UUGUCCAAUAAAUGCUAAAUUAAUAAACUGUCAGACUUCCUCGUUAGUGUUUGGAUCAUUUAUUAUCGGAGUUAUAUCAACAUUAAUCAUGAAACGUUACAAACUAUCCUACCGUGAAUAUACCUCGGUUAAUUCCCUUAGCUCAUUUUAGGACUCGAAUAAACAGUACAAAAUGAUCAUUGUAGUUCGCACUGAUCUUAAAAUGGAAAAGGGCAAAAUAGCGGCCCAGGCUGGACAUGCUGCUGUGGACUGUGCGUUGAAGGCAGUUCGACAUCACCCCCACCUCCUCGACAUGUGGAAAAGGGAUGGACAACCCAAAAUCGUCCUCAAAGUGAAUAGUGAAGAAGAACUCAGAACUGUCACUUCCGGUGGUCUCAUUCGUUCUCUGAUUUGUGACGCUGGAAGGACGCAGGUGAAGAGUGGCACGUUCACUGCCCUUGGGAUUGGCCCUGGUUAUUCUACGUUCUUAUUGAUAGGUCCAUCAGAACUUAUUGACCAGUUCACCGGACAUUUGAAACUUUUUUAA